GCGAUGACAUCGGCGCGGCGUCGCGCCGAAGCGUCAUCAGGGCGAGCGGCGGUACCGGCGGGGGGAGGCCGGGUCAGGGCAGGCCGCGGCGGGCCCCGCUGCAGCGGUUACCGGGUCGGAGCCGCCGCCGGGGUGGGCUGUAGUGGGGUUUGAGCUGAGCUUAGCUGAGCCGAGCUUAGGGGAGCUGAACUGAGGAGAGGCGGGAAGCGACGGUACAACCGGCGGGGGGAGCGCGGGGGCCGCACACCGACCCCCGCCGCCCUCCAGGGAUCCGGGAGCGGCGGGCGGUGGUCGGGGAUGUCCUACAAGCCCAUCGCUCCCGCCCCCGCCACCCCCGGAGCCGCCAGCGCCAGCCCCGCCCCGCCGGGGCCCGGGGCACCCUCCGCCGCCACGAGUGUCCCGUCGCCCUCCGGUUCCGUCCCCGGCGCCGCCGCCGCCUUCCGGCCCCUUUUCAAUGACUUCGGGCCGCCCUCCAUGGGCUACGUGCAGGCGAUGAAGCCCCCCGGGGCUCCGGGCUCACAGAGCACCUACACCGACCUCCUCUCCGUCAUCGAGGAGAUGGGGAAGGAGAUCCGACCCACCUACGCCGGCAGCAAGAGUGCCAUGGAGCGGCUGAAACGGGGCAUCAUCCACGCCCGGGCGCUGGUCAGGGAGUGCCUGGCAGAGACAGAGCGAAACGCCCGCACGUAACGGCUGCUGUCACCCGGGGACCCCCCCCGCGCCCCCCCCCGGGACCCCCGCUGGCGGCGGGGGGGGCCGCUGUGCUGCCCACGCUCCCUGCCCUCCCCCCCCUCCACUGCUCUCUUUAUAAAUGCGUGUUUUUAUAAAUAAAGGACAUGGUUGGGA